CCUCUGGCGAUCCGUCACCCCUCCUCCAGCUGCUGAUGGUCCUGCUGUAGGCAGUCUGCUCGUUCUCCUCAGUGUGAGGACAGCACACGCUCCUUCACAACCAGCCUCUUUCUCUCUCACACACUCCUGUACUAUUCUGACAAUAUUGGAUAUACUCCAAGCAGCACACCUUUGUGGAGCAUUUGAACUAACUGAGCACUUGAUUCAGGAGAAAGAAGAUCAGUCAGCACUAAGGUAUGAGGUGUGUUUGAAUAAGCCAACAAGGAGGGGUUUCUUCUUCUUGAUACUGAAAACUACUGAAGAUUUGGACGUCCACCAUGAGUCUUAAAAGGAGGAAACCAAGCAUGGCGUUCAGCUGGCACAAGUCUUUCACCAUCCUUGCCCCGUGGAGAAAAGGUAAAGGGGAUAUUGUUUUGGAUAAUGAUGUUGUACUGACAAAAAUGAAGCUCCUCAACAAUGUCCCUGAGAAACUGCUUAAUGCUGAGGAUUCCAUUUCAACCAUCUCCAUUUCAAUGUCUGAGCAGGACAACACAGAACCUCUCCAAGCUGAUGAGGUGAUCUCUGUCCAAAGCACUGCUCCUGAGACCACUGUCCCUGAAUCAAAAACAGACUAUCUAUCUUCUAUUUUUGCAGAUUCUGAACUUCCAAGAUUGUAUAAAUUUGAAUCUGAGGACUCUGGAGUAGAAAUGACUAGUGGGGCAACUUCUCCAUCCACCCCAACUGGUUCAGAGCAAAGCUUUGUGGUCCACAGUAGGGAGUCUUCAUGUGACUCUGGCAACCUGAACUCUCUUGUACCUGCUGACAAUCUUCUUGAAGACAGUUCAGUCUUCUUAGAAACUGAACAAACGUCUUGUAAGUGUGCUAAACAAGACACUCUUACCAUCCUGGGAGACAGAACAGAGGAAGAGAAUGUUGAUGAUGAUUUAAUAGAUUCAGAGAGGUCUGAGGACAGAACCCUGAGGAAUACCAUGGAGAACUGUAAAGAUACCAUUGAAAUCAUGGCAGCACAGGAGGAAAUAACAGACACUACAAUGGCUGAGGACACAAUGUCAAGCAGCCAGUGUUCUAUAGAAGCUUAUGAUGGCAAAACAGGACCUGAAUUUCAGCAACGGCCUUUGAGGAAAAGUACAACCAGCGACAGUCUGGAUGAGUACAUGGAAGAGUGCUGCAGGCUAAGUGAGGUGAACCAAGCCAAUCGGUCCAACCCUCUGGGCUCAGGACUGGGGUACCUAGAGCACAUCUGCCAGCUCAUAGAGAAGAUCGGACAGCUACAGGAACACAACCUUCGACUACAGAAACAGAUCUGUGGCCUGCAGAAGGAAGGCAGAGUGAUCAAGACUAAAGAGGACUUCUUCAUGCAGCACUGUAGCUGUGGAGCAGCCAGCUUGGCCUUCCAUGAGCUCAAGAGACACUUUCGCAGUGACCACUACAGCCUGACGGCAUCAAGCAGCACACUGUCUGACCUCAGCACGAUCCCUGAGGUCACGCGCACCCCCCUCAGGGCAGCCAUGAGAGAUGGUGACAUGGGUUGCCAACCUGCUCUUCCUGUUUGGAGGAGGGGUCUGAAUCGAAGGAGCUACACAGAGGGAGAGGCCAAGUACCUGAGUGACAGCACUGAGGUCCUCUCCGCUCCUCACAGACAGUUGAGUGAGAACUAUACAUGGGGAAGAGUGAAGGAACUGGUGAAGAAGACCAAACUGAGGAACCAGAGCCGGCUGGGACUGUCUUCAUGCUCCCUGAAGAGAUCAUGUCCACAGCUUUACCGCCCAGAUGUGAUGUCAGCAGAACGGCCCAGGACAAACAGAAACUCCAUGAUCGCUCUGGGACAUCAGAAACUGGACUAUCUGUGGCCACAGUAGUAUUACUCAGACAUUGAGCAGAUGGCCUGCGAUGGGGCAGCUUUUCCAAAAAGCAAAGGACAAAGUGGUAGUUUUUGCCAUUUGCAGAUGGUUUUCCUGACUGAGGAACAAGAUGGGAGAGAAAUGCACAAGAAAACUAUGAAUGGGAACGGGGUGAUGAUAGAAAAGAGUUGGUAUCAUGUGUAUAUGUAAUACCAAGAGAAAUGCUUAUAUGUUGAUUAAAGUGUUAAGUUGACCUGUUGAUGGAGCUUGUUUGUGUGACAUGACAUUUCUCUAAUUGUCAUUCAUUCAGAUGAAGCACUCAUUAGAUCUGUCAGCUAAUGAGGUACUAUUAAAGACUAUAGAAACGUGGAAAUGAUUUACAGAAUGUGAACAGACAAAGGGAAUUACAGAAAAUCCUUAUGUAUAGUCUAAUGUAAAUUUCUGCCAGGACAAUUUACCAGAUGCUGUCCUAAUUGUAAAAUACUUGAAAUACAUCCAAAUGAUAACAAAUGUUGAACAUGCAUGCUAUAUCUUUAUAUAGAUCAUUUUGUACCACUAUUAUAAGAAUUGCCAUGUGUAAGUGUAUAUACAGAUAUAUAACAAAUAUGCAUGUAUGUAUCCAUGAUGCAUGGAUCGUAUGUGAAGAUGAGAGUGGAUAAGAGAUGCUCCCACGUCUGAAUUCCUCUUAGACAUAUAUCGCUGUGAUGACGGGGCUUAUAAUAACAUGUAAAUGACUUAUGGCAGGUCUGUAUGCUGCUCGUCCCUUUAAAACUAAAUCAAGCCCAGAGUGUGAACCUGAAAUAUCAUCCUUAAGUGAAUUGAAACUCACUGAAAAGGGCUUCCUGCCAAAUAUUAGUCCAAAGACAUAAAUGCAGAAUAAAAUGCAGUAUAGAAUGGUCAUAAACCUUUACUAAUCUUAUAAGAGUUUACCUCAGGGAGAAAACAUAAAUAAAAAAAAAAACGUAUGAAUUGACCCCAUUAAAUUAAUAAAGUGUAUUAAAACAUGACUUCCAUAUAAUACUGUCUUUUGAUGUACGCUUGACUUAUCAUUUCAUAGUCACUGUACUGAGUAAUGGUGUUUAACUGUGUGUCGAAAUAAAUGAGAGCUGAAGUAUGGCAAGUUUUUUUUUUAUUUUGUCUAUUAGGGACAGAAGACAAGACCAAGAGAUUUUGUACUUACUGUAUCUUGUGUUGUAGUGUACCAAAUGGACGGAAUAAUUCAAUAUGCAUAUUGCAUUGUUAUUCAAAUGUAUUUUUUAAUAAAUAUGAUAUUUCUAAAUAACA